AUGUCCUUCAACCGAUCUCAGGGGCCGAAGCGAGGACCUUCAGGCCGUGGAAAGCUAUACAAUUAUGCAUCGUCGUCAUCAUUUACAAAUCAAUUCGCCGAAAAGAAGUUCGACCCUGAGAGCGGACAGGUUUACUCUGAAGUCGAGGUUCGCGCAAGUCGUACCAAGCAUCUGGAUUGGAUCCGCGAGUUCAGUACGCCCCGUGCGGUCAUAAAACCUGCGCCGAGUGCCAAGGGUGCUCGUUCUCUGGCGGAUGUGGCAAGGGCCAAAGUGGUCACAGAGUUCUCCAACCUAGCACCAGAACACUUUGCGAGCAUACCGUGGACGAUGGCGGAGAACAUCUGGGAACACGUAGUGGCAACGCGAGCUGAAACCUUCCAUGCGUGGAGAACUCUCGCCGCAGUGUAUUCCGAGGCGGAGGAGUUCGGGCAACGGCGCUAUCGAUACUUCAUACGCCUCAAGCAACCAUCGCUGCCAUUGACGGAUUACUACAGGGGCAUCGCAUCCCCCGAGUUGAAAUGGCUCACCUGUCUUCGAGUCUGCCCCCAGCAGCUGCUCACCCAAGAUCUCGUGUCCGUCCACACAAUCACGAAUCUUGCAGUUCUCGACGUUUCUAACACGGGCAAUGAGUACAGCGAAGUCGGCUCGAGCUUCGACGAACGACUCAUGUUGUCAUGGACACAACUUGCGGCCUCAGGGCAAGCAUUCCAGCACCUCCGGGUUCUGAUGUUUGGCUGGCAAGCAACCUUGGACCGAUGGAUAUUCAAAUAUACGCAACGUUUCCCGUCUCUUUGCCAUAUCAUUGUAACUGAUUGUCCACACAUGCAUCAAAAGAACAGGGCUGUGUGGGAGAAGGCCUCUCAAACAGCGGGGUGGGAAGCGAGACACGCAAAGCGGAGUGCUAAAAGCCUCCGACCUAUAAUCAGAAGCGAACACUUCCACGCUGGCUCAAUAUCAGGGUGCUACUACGAGAGUCAAGACUUGUUCAGCCAGUUGGCCCACAGCAGACGACCCAUUCUUACGCAGCAACUUCCGAUACUUGAGAUCUGGUUGGGGACUCCACGUCCAUGGUCACAUAUUGUCGACGAUUUCCCUGGCCAUCGGACGAUCUGGUUCGACAGGGUUUCUACGCCGAGGCAGAUGGGCACGGAGGAGAUAGGAGUGGGCAGCAAUUGUGAGCAACCAAAGAGGAGCAGGAAUGAAGAACAGGCAGCUCCAGGAACGGCAUCACCUCCACCAAAGCGUGGCCCAACGACCAGACCUGCGAUGAGGCCGGUGCGCAAGAAUCUGGCGGACAUGCUUCAGGAAUUCAAGGCUUGA